UGUCUCAUUAGUGUUUAGUAACAGAUCUCGCAAAGAUGUUUGCCAGAAGGAGAUCUUCUUUGUCGUGUUUAAAUAAAAUCGCGCUUUUAACGUGCUGCCUACUCGUUAUCGGGCAAGUGUCGUCCAUGUCCAUUGAACGUCUGGGCAGACAAUAUCAACAACAAAAUGAUAAACAAUUAGAAUUUAGUGAAUUUAUGCUGCCCGAGGCAGAAAGUGAAAUGUUGCAAAAUGAUAUGGAAUUAGUGCCAGCCGUAGAUGGUAACAGUGAUAUGUAUUUGUUAGUGCCAGCCGCUUCCAAUAGUCAAGAACAAAAUUUACAAUCGUUAACGGAUCUCAAUGAAUCGGAAAAUUCCGGCAAUGUUGAAAGCAAUUCCGAUAUGUUGAUGUUGGAAAGUGAAGAUACACCAGCUAUGCAAAUUUUGGAAUUACCUGAAGAUGAGUUGGAAACUAAAAUUACUAAAGAUUUAAUGGACAAUAAUCAAUUAGAGCAGGAAGCUCAAACAGGUGAAAAAUCUGAUGAACAAGUAUCAGACAGUAUGCUGAAUAACAUUGCUGAAGCUGUUCAAGAAAUUGAAAAUGAAAUUGAAACUGAAUUGGUAGGCAAUGAUGAAACUCCUAAAGAGGAAGAGCCAGUUGAGGUUGAAAAUGUUAAACAAGAAGAGGAAUUGCCCAUGGAACAUAAAGAUGCCGCCGAGACAGAAAAUACUGACACCAAUGUAGAAGAACAGGUUUCCGAAAUGGAAAAUAAACCUGAAACUUUGGACACAGCUGAACAGGAAAUGAUUGGUGUUGUAAUGGAAGAAUCCAAUGAUACUCUUGCCGAAAGUCAACAAGAAAUUGAAAAAGUCGAUGAAGACGAAAACAAACAAGAAACAGAAAAAGUUGAUGAAGCUAUGGAAAUGGAUUUGCAAGCUGAUGAAUCAGAAUUGCAACCUGCUGUAGUUGAAAAGACUGAAGAAAUUCAAGAACCAGUGGCUGUUGAUGAAGAAAAUAAAAUGGAAGAAACUCAAUCUCACGAGGAAAUGGUUCCAGCUAUGGAAGAAGAAAAAGCUGAAGAAGAACCAGCUGAAUCUCAAAAUGAUGAAAACGCUGAAGAAUUACAAACUGUGGAGGAAGAUAAACCAGUGGAAGAACAUGUAGAAGAAGUACAAGAAGAAACUUCUAUGGUAGCAGAAGAAGAGAAAGCUGAGGAAGAACAACAAGCUGAUGAUGAAAAUCAAGCACCAGCUGAGAUCGAAAUGCAAGCUGCUGCUGAUCCAGUCAUGGAAGAAACCGUUGCGUCAGAUGAAACCCAAGCUGUCGAAGAAACUCCCGCUGAAGAAACACAAGCCGUGGAAGAAACUCAAGCUUUAGAAGAAAAUCAAGCUGAUGAUGAAACCCAAAUCGCUGAAGAAUCUCAAGUGGAAGAAGAAAUUCAACCUUUAGUUGCAGAGACUGAAACUAAAGUAGAGGAAUCUCAAGCUGAAGAAACUAAAGUUGAGGAUAUGCAAGCUGAUGAGACUCAAGCUGAAGAAAUUCAAGCUGAAGAAAAUCAAGCUGAUGAUGAAACUCAUGAAGUAGCUGUAGAGAAAACUGAAGUUAUAAACGAUGAAACACAAUCUUCUCCCGAAGAAAUUCAAGCUGUAGAGGAGGAACAACAUGCUGAAGUGAUGCAACAAGAGGUAGAACCCAUGCAAGCUGAAUCAUUGGAGGAAACUCAAACAGUUGAUGAAACUCCUGUUGCUGAGGAAGCCCAACAUACAGAAGAAGUUCAACCUUCUGAAGAUUCUUUAGACACUGAAGCUGUUCAUGAAGAACAAACUGUUGAAGAAACUCAAUCUGAUGAUGAGGUUCAAAAUGUUGAAACUGCCCCAAUUGCUAUGGAAACUGUAGUCGCUGAUGAAAUUGACAAAAUGCAAGAAGAUCAAUUAACUUCUGAAUCUCAAAUUGUUGAGGAGUUCCAUAAUGCUGAUGAAGAAAUGAAUCCAGCUGAAGAAACUCAAGUGGUUGAGGAAACUCAAGCUAACGAAGAACAAUUAAAUGAAGAAAAUCAACCUGAAGAAGAAACACAACAAGUACAAGACGAUGAGGAAGUUCAACAAGUUGAAGAAGCUCAGACAGUAGAAGAAGCUCAAACCGUGGAGAAUGCUCAACCUAUGGAAGAAGCUAAACCAAUUGAAGAAUCUGAACAAAUGGAAGAAACUCAACCCAUGGAUGAUACUGAAACUCUGAAGGAAACUGAAGAAGCUCAACCUUUGAAUGACGCACAAACUGUAGAGGAAGUUCAUCCUAUGGAAGAAGCUCUACCAAUGGAAGGAACUCAACCAAUGAAUGAAGCUCAAACUGUUGAAGAAGCUCAACUUAAUGAUGAAACCUUGGCUGAUGAAGAAUCCCAAGCCAGCGAAGAUGUAAAACCUGAAGAGGAAACUCAUCCUGCCCAAAAUAAUAAAGAAACUCAAGCCAUUGAAGAAGCUCAAACUGUUGAAGAAUCACAACACAAUGAAGUAGUUCAAUCUGACGAAGAAACACAAGUUGCUGAAGAAGUCAAACCUGUAAAAGAAGAACAUCCUGUUGAAGAGGUUAAAUCUGAAGAAGAAAUCCAAACUGUUGAAGAAGCUCAACCAGCUGAAGUUGUCGAACAAGCUGAAGAUGUUCAAUCUGAUGAAGUAGCUCAAACUGUUGAAGAAUCCCAACCUUUAGAAGAAGCUCAACCUAUUGAAGAAAUUAAAUCUGAAGAAAAAACUCAAAUUGUUGAAGAAACUCAACCAGCUGAAAUUGCAGAACAAACAGAAGAUGCUCAAACCGAUGAAGAAACUCAAGCUGAUGAAGAAAUUCAAGCUGUUGAGGAAACUCAAGUUGCUGAAGUAGCCCAACCUGUCGAAGAAACACAAACCGCAGAAGAAGUUCAACCAGUUGAAGAAGUUCAAACUCUUGAAGCUGAUGACAUCCAAUCCAUGCCUGUUGAAUCUCUAACUGAUGCUGAUCUUCCCGCUGAAGAAGAAAUUAAACUCACAGAAGGAAUACAACAAGAUGAAUCAGAAGCUCAACCAGAAGCCGAAGAUGUAAAACCUGCUGAAACUGUGCAAACAGUUAUGGAAGAUGUUAAACCAGCCGAAGAAUCCGAAAUGCCAGUGGAAGAAGCACUUAGUGUUGAUGAAGUUGAACCCAUUGAAACCGCCGUCGAAAUGGAAGAAACUAAACCUGUUGAAGAAAUUCAAGCUUCCGAAACCGAAGAAGUUGCUAUGGUAGAACAAGAAAGUGAACAAGCUGAAGCUAAACCCGAAGAAACUUUAGUCGAUGAACUUACAGCUGAGGAAACUAAAGAGCAAGAAGAAGAAGUUGAAGCAUCUGCUCAACCUGUAAUCUUAGCCGAUGAAGAUACUUUGCAAAAUGUGGAACCUGCCGAAGAAAUGCAAAAAGAACAACAACAACAACAAGAACCAAUUGCUGAAAUUCAAAAACCCUUAGAAGACAACAAGGAUAGUGAUAAUAUCUUAAAUGAUGAUACUAAUGAAAGUGAACCCAUCAAAGAAACCACUUCCAUGUUAACAACUAUUGUACAAGUACCCACUAAAGAAGAAUUGACACAACAACAACAACCAGAAAAGCACGAACAAGUACAAGAACAACAACAACAACCUGCUGUGGAAGAAUUUGUCAGUUCAACCACUUUAAAACCACUAAAUGUUUUGGAUAGUGUACUCAACUAUGUCAAUGCCUCCCUUAUGAAUCAAAUGAGCAAUGACAACAACAAACAGGAAGUUAAAAAAGAAUCGGCCUUUAGUUCAAAACUAAGACGUUACGAUGGUGCUCAAGUCUGGCGUAUUGUAGUGCAAAACGAUAGAGAGAAAAGAUUAGCUGAAGAAUUACAAACUAAAUAUGAUGGUCAAUUAUGGAAAGAGGUCAAACAAGAAGUUGACUACUUGUUGAAGCCACAAGUGUUGGCCGAUGCUGAACGUCAUGUUAGAGCGGCAAACUUAUCGCGCAUUGUACUUAUUGAUAAUUUACAAAACGUCAUUGAAGUAGAAAAUCCACCAGCUGAAAAAAUUGCACAAUUGCAAUUACAAAAUAGAAAGGGACAUCGUUUGACCUGGCAGGCAUAUCAUCGUUUGAAAGACAUUCAUGGUUAUUUCGAUUACAUGGCUCAAACUUAUCCCGAAAUCUGUUCGGUAGAAAUUAUUGGUUAUUCGAUUGAAAAGAGACCUUUAAAAAUUUUAAAGAUCUCGAAUGGCAAUGCUAACAAUCCCGGUAUUUGGAUCGAUGGUGGUAUGCAUGCCAGAGAAUGGAUUAGUCCAGCUGUUGUUACCUAUGUCACUGAUCAAAUUAUUGAACGUUGGGAUGAAUUACCCGCUUAUAUGCGUAAUAUUAACUGGUAUAUCCAUGCUGUGGCUAAUCCUGAUGGUUAUGAAUACUCCCACACUACCGAUCGUUUGUGGCGUAAGAAUAUGAGAUCACAUGGUCGUGCCUGUCCUGGUGUUGAUUUGAAUCGUAAUUUCGGCUAUAAAUGGGGUGGUAAAGGCACUUCAGCUAAUCCUUGUUCCCAGACUUAUAGAGGCAGUAAAGCUUUCUCGGAACCAGAGACAUUCUAUAUUUCCAAAUUUAUUAGCAACUUCCCUAGAGAAACCUUUAAGGCCUAUCUGUCAUUCCACAGUUAUGGUCAGUAUAUUUUAUAUCCUUGGGGUUAUGAUUAUCAUGUUACAAAAGAUAUGGCCGAUUUGGAUUUGGUGGCCAGACAAGCGGGAACGAUCAUUACCAAGAGUACUGGUGUUAAAUAUACUGUAGGUUCCUCGGCUAAUACCUUAUAUCCAGCUGCUGGUGGUUCGGAUGAUUGGGCCAAGGGUAUUGCUGGUAUUAAAUACGCUUACACCAUUGAAAUGGGUGAUAGUGGACGUUAUGGUUUCGUUUUACCUGCCGAAUACAUUGAACCCAAUGGCAAAAAUGGUUUGACAUUCGUAGAGACCGUGGCCAAGGCUAUUACCAUGGGCAAAAAUGGUCGUAGACGCAAAUUGAAGGCCCACAAAACUCACUAAGACAUAAUUAAUGAAAUGCUAGAGUAACUUAAGUGCCAGGAUUUAUACAAAGUAUAAAUCUUAUUUUAGCGAAAACCCAUUUUAGUGAUAAGUUUAAUUUAUUUAUUACAAAAUUUAGUUAAAUUAAUUAAUUUAUUUAUUGAAACGAAACA